GUGUGUAUGGAAGCCCAAUCGCCGCAGCUGCAGUGCCUCGCCCGCGCCGCCCCUCGCCCAGCAAUCGUGCUCCGAAACCGGCUCGCUGCGACUGCAGUGUACAUAUUUUCGCAUGCAUCCUGUCCGUCUGUCCGAGAUACAGUUGGAUCUGUAGGUCUUACGUGGCAGGUAUUCCUAGGUUCGAUCCAGUGCGUGUCAGACCAGUCAGUACUAGUGGCUUCGUCGCGGUAGGUUCCGUUCCGUGGUGUACCUCGCACCGUCGGCUCGAAGGUACCGUUGUAUGCCUCGCACCGCACGCAUCGGCUCGGUGUUUCUAACUGAUUGACGGGCCGAUGUUGGCGAAAUCCGGAUAACGAGUCUGGUGCUGACGCCUCGAGUCGGGCUGUCGGUGCGGUUGAACGACAUGCGGCGCGGAUCCCCUUGGGAUCCCCUUUUCGACACGGAUUCCCUAUCGCUUCAUCCGAUCAAAGACGCCUCCUUACGUGUGAAACUUAUAACUGCCUUCCCCAGUUACGUACGACUGCUUUCCCGGCUACGCUACUAGUGCGAUAAUUCCACGGCGUACGCGUUAUAGAAGGGCGAGCCAGGAAUCGCUGGAUGAGACGCGGAUGAAACACCGGUAAACUACGCAAUCGAGCACCACCAAACUCAUGUUCCAUACCGGCCAUGUGGCAAAACGGGCAUGUGCCAUUACGGCAUGUGUCAACGAUACUUGGAGCGGCGAUCUCGUUGAGUCAACCAAGUUUUCCCUGUCAACAGCCAGCGACGAUUGCAAAUCCGGACAUGCUAACUACCUCGUUCGCGGCGCACGGAUUAUGGUUAGGCGGGAUGCACCAGCCUUCGAGCCGAGGGAAAUCCGGACAAGGUCGGACUUGGUAACCACCUGCUUCGCGGCGAAUGGAUUAUGGUUGCCCGGAUGCACCAGCCUCCAAGCUGAGACAAGGUCACAGCCAGACAUAGUAACUACCUCACUCGUUGUCUUGGAAGCGCUAUGACGCGCCGCCACUUCUGGCCAAUCCGACAUCGGCUCUGUCAUGCCUUGUCAGCAUGGCAGCGUGUGGGUCAGCAUGCGAACGCGUCUCGAGGAGGGAAGGCAUGGUCGGCUGGUGGCUGAAAACCAGGCAACAAGGCAACAAGGCAACGAGCUAGCAGGGAGCAUCGUAUAAAAAGGAGCCAAGUCCCCAUGGCUUUCAUCACAGUUUCAAGCACCCACCUCCGAGGUCUCAUUGUGGGCUUUCCUCCACCCUUCCCUCGGCCUCUCCUCUGCUUCUCCUCCGUUUUCGCCUCCGUUUCCAAUGGCUCCUCUCGCUGCUCGUCUGCUGCUGCUGGCCGCGCUGGCGGUGUGUCUGCUGGCCGCUCCUGCCCAUGCCGGGAGGGACCUCGGAGUGAAGACGGCGGGCCCGCGGAUUCUGGCUGCGGAGACCUACUCUCACGACCAGGAGCUGCCGGACUACCUCGACCACAUCCCCCGCCGCAAGGCCCUCGCCACCACGUGCGGGCGCACGACGGUGGUGAUAAAGUCGCAGUACCUGGGGCCGUACGACCUGCACAACUACAUUUUCAACAUGACCUUCUACAACGGCUGCGCCUUCAACGUCACCAGCCCGCUGCGCGUCUUCCAGUGCCAGGACUUCGGCAAUGUGUGGCAGGGCAUUCUCAAGAACCCCGCCAAAAACCCCACGAAGUACCAGACGGGCGAGAUCUUCGGGCCGGUGCCGGACCUGCCGGGGUACUGCGACCUGAUGAUGAACCGCGGGCCCCUUGGGAACAUCCAGAUGUACCGCGGCGAGACGGUGCACGUGCUGUACGCGUGGACCAUGCCCACCCGCCCGUGCCCGCACGAGCUGCACUUCAGCAACGGCAACCAGUGGAUCAUGACCUCGCCCAACAUCGAGUGCGUCAUCGCGCCGCAGUCUUAGGCAUUGAGGCUGAAGGUUCUGGAGGGUUGGGGUUGGGGUUAGGGCUCUCCUCUCCACCCCUCCCUAACCUAAGGGCUAGAGGUUCUUCAAGAGAUGGCUGUGGGAUGGAGCGGCAAGGGGGUUUCACUUCAUCAGGAGUUGAGGCAGGGGUUUUUUCAGGUGGUUGCGGCUUGGAGGAUUUGAGGUUCCGUGGGACCGCGAGGAGAGGAGACAGUUACGGUGACAAGGUGUUGUGAUAGGUGGAGGGGGGUGGCACUGGUGGCGAGGGCUGGAGCUGGUGGGAAUAAGUGCACAUGCGUGCGAUAAAUGUAGUUGUGAUUUAUGGAAAUUUAUAUAAAGAACAGGUGGAACUCUCUUGGUG